CUCGAGCCAGUCCCGGCCACGCCGCGCCUCGCCCUGGGGAUCGGGGCGGCCCCCGCCAGGCUCUUCUGCAGAUGCUGGCCGCUGGAGUGCGCCACACGGUGCUGCUCAGGAGCGACGGCACCGCCGCGGCCUGCGGCUUGAAUGGUGAUGGUCGGUGCGACCUGCCGGCGCUGCCCGCGGGCCUGACCUACACGCAGGUCGCCGCUGGAGGGGGCCAUACGGUGCUGCUCAGGAGCGACGGCACCGCCGCGGCCUGCGGCUUGAAUGGUGAUGGUCAGUGCGACCUGCCGGCGCUGCCCGCGGGCCUGACCUACACGCAGGUCGCCGCUGGAGUGCGCCACACGGUGCUGCUCAGGAGCGACGGCACCGCCGCGGCCUGCGACUUCAAUGGUGAUGGUCAGUGCGACCUGCCGGCGCUGCCCGCGGGCCUGACCUACACGCAGGUCGCCGCUGGAGGGGGCCACACGGUGCUGCUCAGGAGCGACGGCACCGCCGCGGCCUGCGGCUUGAAUGGUGAUGGUCAGUGCGACCUGCCGGCGCUGCCCGCGGGCCUGACCUACACGCAGGUCGCCGCUGGAGGGCGCCACACGGUGCUGCUCAGGAGCGACGGCACCGCCGCGGCCUGCGGGCGCAAUCGUGAUUGUCAGUGCGACCUGCCGGCGCUGCCCGCGGGCCUGACCUACACGCAGGUCGCCGCUGGAUUGGGCCACACGGCGCUGCUCAGGAGCGACGGCACCGCCGCGGCCUGCGGCUUGAAUUUUGCUGGUCAGUGCGACGUGCCAGCGCUGCCCGCGGGCCUGACCUACACGCAGGUCGCCGCUGGAGGGGGCCAUACGGUGCUGCUCAGGAGCGACGGCACCGCCGCGGCCUGCGGCUUGAAUGGUGAUGGUCAGUGCGACCUGCCGGCGCUGCCCGCGGGUCUGACCUACACAGAGCACUUGCUUCCAGCGCUUCUCCUGCAGGCGUCGCUCGAUACUGACUCGAUGGUGUUCGUGACCUUCGGUGGGGUGGAGCGCUGCAGAAUCAGGGCGGCGCCCACCGCCCGCCUCAGGGACAUCUACCUCCAGCUCGCGGCCGAGCACCGCGCGGGCAGGAGACCAUUUCUAAUCGCUCUCCAGGCUUGGCCCCAGAGCCUGGCGCGUCGAGGCCAUUUUGCCGGGAGGCCGCCCGCUCAGCAUCGCCGCGGCCGAAGCGACGGUCGCCGGCGCAUCCGCCGCAGCCGCUGCUGCCGAGGCGACCCUCGGAU